GGCUUUUGCAGGCAGAAAUUGCAACCAGAAGAGGAAGCGGCGCGUUCGACUGUGAAUGGGUUGCUUUCGUCCCUGUUGUUGUGGUUCAGUGCUACGAAUAAAGCACUUUCCACCAACGCAGUUGUGAGGCCGGCACUGCAACGGAGGUGAGGGUCCUAUAAGUUCCUGCUGUCACAAACCAUGAACUAUGUUGGACAGUUGCUGAUAACAGUCAAGGAACUGUACAAGGGGUUGAAUCCUGCAACACUCUCUGGGUGCAUCGAUGUCAUUGUGGUUAAGCAGCAGGAUGGCACGUACCAGUGUUCACCAUUCCAUGUUCGUUUUGGAAAGCUUGGGGUACUUCGGUCAAAAGAAAAUGUGAUUGACAUUGAGAUUAAUGGGGAUCCAGUUGAUCUGCACAUGAAGCUGGGUGAUAAUGGAGAAGCAUUCUUUGUGCAAGAGACGGAGAUAGAAAAUGAAGAAGUUCCUCCUCACUUGGCCACUUCUCCCAUCCAUACAGAAGAAGGGCAAUUCUUCAAGGAUAUGAACUUGGAGAAAUCUGGAGCCGACCUAAUGGAAGAUCAGGAUUUGGAGAAUGUUGUCCAGGAAGCAGACCCUGAGAGUGUAGUGUGCUCCGGCUCAGGGAAGAAGAAAAAGCGGCGUAAGAAAAAAUUUAAAUCAGAUGGCAAAAAGGAAGAUCGCACCUCUGGUGGAAGUGAAGAGAUAUUUGAAAUAGACAUGAGUUCUGAGGAAGACAAGCCAACACACACUUCCAGGGGUUCAAUAUAUUCCUUGAAGGAUAAUGAGUUGAAAGAUUCUCCAGCUUUUCAGCAUGUCAGUUACUCACAUUCUGAUGGUGACUUGUCUGCAGCAGAGAGAGGAUCCUUCCCCGAGCCUGUUUCACCUAAAAGUGAUUCUGAAUUAAUAGUGAAACCAACAGACAGGCUGAUGUCUGAGCCCCAUAUGAAGUGGUCAUGGGGAGGAUUUCCAGAAUCAACAAGGGUGAAUAAAGUGGAGAAACAGGAACAACCAAGAGCCCUCACAAUUACACCAUCUGAAAACACUCACUUCAGGGUCAUCCUCAGUUCUGCUGCCAUGGAUGUGGAUGUAACUGAUGGGGAAAGCACAACUCAUACUUUAUUGAAACCUGAGCCGAGAACACACGUGAACAAUAACCAGACAAUCACUGAGAGCGCAGUUAUAUCCGCAAAGGAAAUAUCUACUGAAAUACUUGCACAAUCCCCACUUCAGCAGAGCAACUCAGCAUCUAAAAUGACUGUGGUAUCUCAAAUGGACAGAAUCCCUACAGACUCGGGAAUGCAGCCUUCAGUUUUUGCAAAAUUAGAUUCUCCAUCAAAGAAAAAAGGUCUCCAUAAACGAAGUCAGCACCAAGGACCUGAAGACAUCUAUUUGGAUGAUCUGCCUGUGUUGGAACCUGAGGUUGCUGCUCGCUAUUUUCCUAAAAGUGAGUUUGACUGCAGUUCUAAACCGUGGAUUGAAUCAGAUGUGCAGUCUGGUUCUCAGUCACCACAGUCAAUAGAAAGUGUGGCAAUAGAUAGUGGCACCGAAUGCCUCUAUGAUUCACCUUCCGAUUUACCAGAUAUUGUAUUCUCGCUCUGUGGAGGCCUAAGUGAAAAUACUGAGAUUUCCACUGAUAAAUUUUUGCAACACAUUGUUACAUAUCAAGAAUUUGCUGAAAAUCCUGGAAUUAUAGAUGAUCCUAAUCUUGUUUUAAGAAUUAAUAACAGGUACUACAACUGGACAUUGGCUGCUCCUAUGAUUCUCAGUAUGCAGGCUUUCCAAAAGUGUCUACCCAAGGAAUCAAUUGAUGACUGGGUGAAAAUGAAGAUGCCAAAGAAGUCUGGCGGGUGGUGGUUCUGGCGUAAAAGGGAUAGUACCGUCAAACAGCCUGAGACAAAACAAGAGAAACUGAGUGAAACAGACAAAACUGGUCAAAGCCAAAGCACUAUUACCAGCAGAUCCAAGGAGGAAGAUUCUUCUAGCAAUGAAGACUCAACGCAACUAAAUGAACCAACAACAAAUGAUCCAAAACACACUGAGAGCACUAAUAAGGAUUACUCUGUCUCUUACAAGAAGUCUCUGAGGUUAUCCUCAGAACAAAUCGCAAGUCUUAAACUGAAGGAGGGUCCAAAUGAUGCAGUCUUUAGUAUAACAACACAAUAUCAGGGUACCUGUCGCUGUGAAGGAACAAUAUACCUCUGGAACUGGAAUGAUAAAGUCAUCAUAUCUGAUAUUGAUGGCACAAUAACCAAAUCCGAUGCACUGGGACAGAUCCUUCCUCAGUUGGGUAAAGAUUGGACCCAUCCAGGGAUUGCAAAACUUUAUCACAAGAUACAUGAGAAUGGUUACAAAUUUCUUUACUGUUCAGCACGUGCCAUUGGCAUGGCAGACAUGACAAGAGGGUAUUUGCAUUGGGUUAACGACAAAGGAACAAUCCUUCCUAGAGGUCCUGUAUUGCUGGCUCCCAGUAGUCUUUUUUCAGCAUUUCAUCGAGAGGUAAUAGAGAAGAAACCUGAAAAAUUUAAAAUAGAAUGUUUGAAUGACAUCAAAAACCUGUUCAGUGUUUGCAAUGAGCCUUUCUAUGCUGCUUUUGGGAACCGGUCCAAUGAUGUCUGUGCUUACAAGCAAGUAGGUGUCCCAGACUACAGAAUCUUUACAGUUAAUCCCAAAGGUGAAUUAAUACAGGAGCAAACCAAGGGUAAUAAAUCUUCGUAUAUCAGAUUGAGUGAGCUUGUUGAACAUGUCUUCCCUUUGCUCAGUCAAGAAAAGUGUUCUGCUUUUAUUUAUCCAGAAUACAGCUACUUCAACUAUUGGCGAGAUGUACUGCCAAGAAUCAGUAUGGAAGAACUUAAUUAGGUACUGGCAUUCAUCAAAUUUCUGACAAAGGAACUCCAAGUACUGUACUACAAAUCUGAUAAGAAUUUUUAUUUUACGUACUGAUUCAAUUGUUGUAGAAGCAUGUUAAUACCAGCACUAUUCUCAGGAAUAUAGCCAAGUGUUCAUUUGACCAAUUGGUUGCAGCAGAAGGAAAACCAUGAUUUUCGUCAUGAGCAUUGCACAUACCAUUAGUACUUUACUCUCAUCCUCACAGUUGCUACUUCAAGUAACUUUUUAACUGAACAGCCUGGUUUAGAAUAGAAAUUAUGCAAUAUAUUGAAAGUGACUAUUUUUAAUACCAAGAAAAUGGGAUUGAUCCAUUGGAACUUAACAAUGUCCAGUUACAUUUUGUAGCAACAAUCAGAAUCAUGUUCCAAAACCUCAUGUUAUUUGGUGCUGCUUCACCUGUGGUGUAAAUGAAUGCCAAUUUUGUAUUUGUUUUCAAUGAUAAAAAAUUGCACUUUCAUACUAUAGAUCAGGAUAUAAAUGGUCCCUAAUCAUUCAAAUGGACAAAAUAGUCUGUGUGCAACCUGACAUUUAUUAGCCAUUGACUAUGUGUGUAGACAGGCUACCUGUAACUUCUAUGUAUUUUAUAACCAGUUGCCAUAUACAUUAUCUAUCUCUCAUGAAUGCCUUCAAUUGAUAAAAUGUUUGCCAGAAUAGAAAAGAUGUUUUACUUUGAGGCAUUUCACAGUACAAGAGAUUCUUUCUGUGAAAGAUAUGGAUUAGUGUUAUGAAAACACAUGGAAAGAUAAUCUUACUGUUCUUAAAUUGAAUAUAGUGAAAGAUAAAUAUCUAAUAGUCAUAUUUCAUAGAUUAACUGUUCUUUAAACUAUUUGUGACAGAAGUAUUUCCUUUUUUUGAAGGGCAAGAAAUUCAGAAUUUUAUUUUAAUCACCUAUCCUGUAGAAAUUUUAGGGGGCCUUUUUGAAAUCAGUGGUAAUCCUGGUAAUUGGUUUACAGAAUGUUCUCACAUCUGUGCAUUUUGAUGAGGCUAGUAAAUGAACAUGUCUUAAUGUAAAAGCUAUACAGAAAUUAUGUUGAUAUUCAAUGUUAUGUUUCUGACCAUAAAUGAUAUUUGCACACUAUCAAAAGUCUAAUGAACUGAAAUGUUGAUUUUGAAUGAUCAUUGAUAACCAGAGCACAGUUGCAAUGUACAGCUAGCAUUUCAGUGAUUGUAUUAGAAAAAGUGUCAGUAUUAUACAGCAGAAUGUGUAGCAUUGUAUACACGUAUAACAUCUUGCUGAGACAUUACAGAGCCAUGGAAUAAAUAACAUGCGAAACCUUAUUUCUGUGUGAACUGCAGUAUUCUGUUAGUAGAAAAUGAGACAACUCUAUGAAACAAAAUCACCAGAUAAUUUGAGAAGGUAGGUUUGAAACUGAGUGUUUAUAUCAAGUAGCACAGGUCCCUUGCUCAUUUGUAUUACAAUGGUGGGGUUGCAGGGAAGCUUAACCAAAAUAUUUUGAUAAUACAUUUUCCCAAAAUCUCAAUCUUCCAGGGAGAAUAUUAGCAAGGCUUUUAAUGCACACUUCAGCAGUAGUGUGCUAACCUAACAAAUAUGACAAAUUAUAAACACUGGAGCAAAAAGAAAGCCUUUUGCAACAUGAUACCCUGCAGAAAUGGGUCUGUUGCAUCAAAUAGAAAUGGUCAACAGUAUAAUUAAGAUGAAGUAGUAGAGAGGUAAACAUUAUUCACCCAUGAAAAUUACAUCUGUCAUUGUGUAUUAAUUCAAUUAUUUUAAUACCAAUGAAGUAUAGCACAAUGGUAAAAAUAAAAUUGUAUAUUUUACAAAAAGUGUUAAUCAGUCUAUAAUGGUGAAAAGGAUAAACAACAUUAAUAAAACAGUAAUCUAUCCUCACUGGUGACAAUACUUGAGACCAGAUCAUUCUCUUGAUAAGACAUGUCAGAAAUUCAGCUUCAUUCCAAGUGCAAAAUACUUCUGCCAAUGUUGUUUCCAUAUGUGUUCUGUGUCCAUGCCCACUGUCAUCCACCCAUUUUACAGUAAUCAUAAAUUGUGCUUUUAUCAUUAGCUAAUGUUUUUAAUAAUUGCAAAUAAAAAUUAACAAUUUCUUAAAAUUAGUUACACUAGGUUAACUCAUAGGGCAACAUUAAUGUAGAUUUCCCUGGGCCUAAAGCUUCAUCUUUUCUAAAACUGGAAGAAUUGAUUGAUCAUACAAAAUUAUUUUUAAAAGGAUUGAAAAUGCUCAACUGGUCAAAACAACUCCUAUAGACUUGAGUACUUUAAGGCUUUUUUUUUAAUUUUAUCCCCCUUUUUAAAAGUGGAAUAUUCAUAAUAUGGUAAAAGACCUACUCUAUCAUCCCUCAAGCUUAAGAGUACCCAAUAAUGGAACAAUAAAGUAUGAUACCUCCAGAUAGCAGUGGUGGGAAGGACAUGAUUCACUCAGACCUUGCCACAUUUUCUUCUGAAUACUUAAGUGAAAGAUCUUAUUUAAAGGUUGCCAUAAAAAUAGAACUUCCUGAAUUGAAACAGUGAAUGCUUUUUUUUUUAUAAACUCUUAAAUGCAUUGUUUGAAAUUAAAAUUAUGUAGUUCUAACUAUAUAAAAGCAUGAAAAUGGCACUAGCUAUUAAAUUUUAAGUUGUAUUAAUUUUCAAGUGUUCUCUGAAUUAAAUACUCUGGCUUGUUUAGAAAAAUGGUUAAGUGUUACAAUGCUAGAUAAUUAUCUAAUUGUAUGAAUUAUUACUAUUCAUCUUUUUUCCAAAAGACAGUUAUAUUAUUUAAACUUGUAACAAAAAUGUUAAUUUAUUUAUAGCAAGUAUUGAAGCUGGAAAUGGUUUAUAGUCUUAGUUAUGACCUGAGUUCAAGGUGGUUUAUAGUGUGAUUGGUUAAUUCUGAAUUGCAUUCCAUCCACCACAUUUUCCCACCAUUGACUGUUUAUUUUACUUGCUCUGUUCAAAGAUUUUGCCUAAUGUCUUUGGUUGCCCUCCUGGCAAUUUAAUAUUUUGUUAAAACAAAGCAAAUGUCAAAACAAGGAAAUGGCUCUCCUUUUUUCCCCUCUAUCGUAAUCCUCCUCCCCCCAAAAAAACAGUUGUCUCAGCAUUUUUAGCAAAAAGCACGAGUCAUUUUUUUUUGCUUGCAAUAUGCAGGGACAUGUAACAAGAGCAUGAAACAAAAUUUUACUUGUGCAAUGUACCAUCACAUUUUGGAUCUUGACUUUUGAUUUUGUUGCUAUGCACCCAAGCUGCUUUGAAAUGACUUUUUCCAAGCAUAAUAAACUACUGUGUCCAUUAGCACAAAGCUUACAUAUAAUAAAGCACAGCUUGUUUAACUUUGUAAAUUAUUACCUUAAAUCUUUGUAGCCAUUGAUGCAAUUUUAUUUUAAUCGCUCCAAUCAAAUUACUCCCAAGAGGAACUGUUCAUUAGAAAAUUGUCAUUGGUAGAUUUGUGAUACCAUUCAAAUAUUAAAUUAAAUGCUACUUUAAUUAAAAUUCAAGGGUAGGUUUGCAAAAGUUACGGGUUAUUUUCACUUGAUUCAACUGCAGUGAGGGGAAAAUCCUGGUUUGUUAAAUUAAAACCAGACGUUUAAUAAGACUAAAAAUACCCACCCCAAAAUAUUUAAAAGGCAAUAUUGUUGCUACCCCAUGCAUAUAGCAUAUUCAUCAUUAAAUAUGUAAAACAAUAAUGACCUUUCCUCAGCUGACUGAGCUUGGAAUCCAUGACCUUUGACAUUCAGGUAAACUUUGUCAACAAGUAAAAAUAUUAUUUAAAAGUUGAUCUUUACCUCUCCACUUUAAUUUUAUUUGGUUAGUGUAAUGAAAUGUGAUCAUAAUCCUAUUAUUGAAAAGGUUAUUUAAGAGUAUCCAAUAAUUAAAAACAAACCAGAAGCUUAUCCAAAAUUCUAACUGUGGAUUUAACCCUUAACAUUGAAUUGACAUUUUAUAAAAUAGUAUUUUUUUAACUGUCAAAUUCAGGAAUAUCCACAUCCUUUCACACACGCUAAGUCAUUGUGU